AUGCAGGCGAUUCAAUCGAAACUGUCGGUACAUGCAGUGACCUCGUAUUUGGGAGUAUUCAAGGAACCUCGUGGUCUAAUUCGUCUAUUUCAAAUCAUCUUUGCUAUAUUAGCAUUUGCUACUGCGUGUAAUGGUCGUUCCUCAACGACACUCGACUACGGUGGCAAAGACGAUGCGAUUGUUUCAUCAUGGUCAUAUCCAUAUAGAUUAAGUCGUAGUGCUAUUGUAUUUACAAAUGGUACCAUUUUAGGCACACUUUCGACUUCAAAUGAUCCGAAAUCACCAGCGGAAUUUUUCUUAUUUACAUCUGUGAUGGCAAUGUUGUUAGGAUUGACGUUUACCUUUAUUUAUGUGUUUCUCAGUCCAUUAUAUCGUAACAAUGAUCUUUUUCCCACAUUAGACUUUUUUAUCACGUUUAUAUGGACGAUCUUCUGGCUUGCAGGAAGUUCAGCAUGGGCACAAGGUGUAACAAACAUUCGUUCACUAACAGACUUUGAUAAUAUUCGUCAACGAUCGGGUAUUUGCCCUUCAUCGACUGUAUGUCCUGACGGAUCGGUUGCGAAUUAUGGAAAUUUGAUUGUUUCUGUUCUGUUCGGUUUCUUGAAUUUUGUCCUCUGGCUUGGAAGUCUUUGGUUUGUCUUUAAAGAAACUCGAUUCUUCAAAUCUUAUACCAUGCAACAACCACAAGUUCAAGCUCCUGUUUAUCCCGAUAUCGGUUCACCAACGAUGCAUCCACAAUCUUAUACGCAAUCGCCUGUUGUCAUGACUUAA